AUUUUUUAAAGAAAACGUGUCCGUAGACAGAAACCUCCUUAGUUUGGAUCUUUCCCAUGUGAUCAUUAUUAAAAACGACGAACGGAAUUAGAACAAACAUAUCUAUUCAACUUUCGGUAGUGAUGGUACUAAGAGAAUAAGAUUCAGAUCAUAAAAAAGGGAACUAUAUACAAGAAAUUUUUUCUAUAUAUAGAAAACAUCUGAAAGAUUAAAACACUUAUCCAUAUCAAAGAAAACUAACACAAGUAGAUAAAUAUAAAGAAAAAUGCUUGAUAAGCUUAUUAUUGGGGUUGCCGGAGGGAUUACCGGAGGGAUUCUUGGAACGGUCGAUGGGUUUGCCAAAGGGGUCGGGAUAUGGCCCAAUAAUUAUCAGAGCACCGGUCGCUUCGAGAACAACAAUAUGACGAGUCCGGGAAACUACGGCAAUGGUAAUGGCGGUGCAGUGAAGGCAUCCGAGAACUCCGGCGGCCGCCGCCAGAAAGACAGGGAGUAAAGGACUCCUGACCACACCCAGUAAUGAUUAUGUAUCCAAAAUAAUAAAUGUAUACGAUGUAUGUAUAAGAUGGACAUGUUUCAGUAUCUUACCAAAAAUAUAGGAGACUUUUAAUGAAAAGUCUUCUUGUUUAAUUUUAUGAACUUUAUGAUUAAUAAAAGGAGUGUGUUUAAUAAAAGUGAUGUAUAUUAACAGUUAUUUCCACACGUGAAAAGAUUGAAUUUAUUUGCACACAAUUAAGUUUGAAAAGUAACGUUAUGGUGUAACGAAAACCCUAAUGAAUUUAUAAGUUACGUAGUGCAGUAGGAUAUGUCGUUUUAAUGUUUCUGGUUCAUCUAAAUAAUUAGAUAAUUUAUUUUGCAUUUAUCGACCAAAACUUUAAGCUCAUAGAUUUGAUUCAAACAAGUAAUUCAUUUACUAAAUUAGACGGAUCAUAGGAUUUUUUGUUGAUUCGAUUAGCCUUUUC